GGUGCUUUCUUUCCAGCUCCUCCCUCUAAUUCUCUCUCCAAUUUCUUGGUUCUCUGGCAAUAUAUUCUUUGGUUCGAAUACGGUGUUUGAAGGAACCCUCCGUUCAAAAUCAGAGCCUUUCUGUUUCUUCAUCGCAUCGCCUUCUUUCCCUUCAAUCGACGACGAUUCUCAGAUUGCCUUUCUCUUGGCAGUUCUUCUUUAUCUACCUUCAAAGUUCAGAUGUUCUCAUCAAAAAGGCCCCUUGGAUCUCAUCAGCCCCGAAUUGAUGUGUUCUUUGCCAUCAAAAUAGUGAAUCUAUAAUGCAUUUAUUGAUCUUCUGUGAUUUUGCUCAGACUUUAUGGGAAAGAAUCCUCCUUUGCUUCAGCUAUCAUAUGGUCUUCCCAAAUGACCCUCUCACUUUAUUGAAUUCUUUGCUUAUUGGCCAUCCGUUCAAAGCUAAGAGGGAGAUAUUGGGGACAUUCAUCAUCAAAGCCUACCUAUGGCUCAUUUGGAAUGAAUGGAACAACUGGGUCUUCGAAGAAAAAGUGUCGAAUUUCACUCGCUUCUUUGAUCAUCUUUUGUAUACUGCUCUCACUUGGUGUAAAUUCACCCCAUAUUUUUGUGAUUACAAUCUUACAUCUCUUAUUGCACGGUGGAAAACUAUUAUAUGGAGCAACAGAAUUCUGUGGACAAGGAGUCUCUAGUUGGUACUUGCAAUAGAGAUGGUGUUUCUUCAAGUGAAAGUAGCCACAUUACAACUAUAAAUAAUGAUGAAACUAGAAGAAAAAAUGAGAAUACAAGCGACAAACCUAGUAUUCCACAUAUAUACAGGCAAGAUAUUGUAAAAAGCAAAGGUAGCGGUAUGAUAGGGAUUGUGACUGAAGUUGCUGGUGAUGCUGAUUCAGACAGUGACAUAACUGAUGAUGAAGAUGAAGAUGAUGGUGGUGAGGAUGGUGGGGAUGAUGACGGUUGUGAUGGUGAUGAUGAUGAUGGAGAGAAAGAAGGUCAAAACAAGGAAAAUUAUGGCGAUGACUGUAAUGCUAAAAAUUCCAACGGAGAUAAUUAUAAGAGCCAACCUCUUCCUGAUGAUGAAGUUCGAGUCCUUUGGAUGGAUGAAAGUGAGACAACUCAGAAUGUUAAUGAUUUAACAGUUAUUGAUAGAGGAUUUGUACAUGGUGAUUUUGUUGCUGCUGUUUCUGAUCCGACUGGGCAAGCAGGUGUUGUGGUAGAUGUUAAUAUUUCUGUUGAUUUGUUGGUUCCUGAUGGAUCAAUUAUGAAAGAUAUAUCAUCUAAAGACUUGAAACGUGUGAGAGAUUUCACAGUGGGAGAUUAUGUGGUCCUUGGUCCAUGGUUGGGUAGAAUUGAUGACGUAUUGGAUAAUGUGACUGUGAUGUUUGAUGAUGGCUCUAAGUGUAAAGUCACAAAGGCAGAGCCAUUGCGGCUCAAACCAGUUUCUAAGAAUAUCCUUGAAGAUGCAAACUUCCCUUACUAUCCCGGUCAGCGUGUAAGGGCGUCUUCAACAGUUUUUAAGAAUUCUAAAUGGCUUUCUGGUUUAUGGAAACCUAAUCGCUUGGAAGGCACUGUCACUAAAGUUACAGUUGGUUCAGUGUUCAUUUAUUGGAUAGCAUCUGCUGGAUAUGGACCAGAUUCUUCUACCACCCCAGCUGAAGAACAGACUCCAAAGAACUUAAGAUUAUUAACUUGUUUCUCACAUGCAAAUUGGCAGUUGGGUGACUGGUGUCUUCUUCCUCCUCCAUCAUUCUCCGCUGGCCUGACUAAGGACCCAUCACAAACAGAACUUUCUGAUUCAGUGACCAACUCAUUAGAUUCUGCACAACCGGUGGGUGCAUGUGAUUCAGAGGAUGCCGCGGUAGAUGAAGUAAGUGGGACAACUGAAUCCACUGAUCUUGAUUCCAUUAGUGCAUGCGAUGGAAAUUAUAGGAAUCCUGUGUAUAAUAGUUUGCCUGAAUCUAGUAGUUCUAGAGCUCUCAAGGAGACUACCCAUGAGACUUGGCCUCUACAUCGCAAAAAAAUUCGUAAAGUUGUCGUCAGGAGGGAUAAGAAGGCUAGAAAGAAAGAGGAAAACUUUGAGAGGGCCCUACUAAUUAUCAAUACUAAGACAAAAGUCGAUGUUGCAUGGCAGGAUGGCCGGACAGAACUUGGACUGGAUUCAACAAGCUUGAUUCCAAUUGAUAAUCCAGGUGAUCAUGAAUUUGUUCCGGAACAGUACGUGGUUGAGAAGGCCUCCGAUAAUGACGAUGAUGUUAGUGAAAGCAGGCGAGUUGGAGUUGUGAAAAGUGUUAAUGCAAAGGAGCGAACAGCCUGUGUGAGGUGGUUAAAACCAGUCUCCAGGGCUGAGGAUCCUCGAGAAUUUGACAUAGAAGAAAUUGUUAGUGUGUAUGAGCUAGAGGGGCAUCCAGAUUAUGACUACUGUUAUGGUGAUGUGGUUGUUCGAUUGUCCCCUGUUUCUGAUUUUUCAGAGGCACUGUCUCUAGGAAACAAUACAGAGGAAUUAAAGCAGCAGAGUUCAACGGACGAGAUGAUGAGUUGUACAGAAAAGGCUUCAGGAAGCCAGAAAAUGGAAGAUCCAUCAUGUAGUGAUGAUUGCAUCGACUUCUCAGAUCUCUCUUGGGUUGGAAAUAUAACUGGUCUUAAGAAUGGUGAUAUUGAAGUUACUUGGGCUAAUGGCAUGGUUUCAACGGUUGGCCCUCAAGCAAUUUAUGUUGUUGGUCGAGAUGAUGAUGAUGAAUCAAUUGCUGCUGGUAGUGAAGUAAGUAAUGGUGCUGCAAGUUGGGAAACAGUUGAUGAUGAUGAAAUGGAUUCUGUUGAGAAUGCGAAGGAGGACAUUGAACUGCAGGAUACUGGUGCUAAUUCUGAAGAGGAAGAAAGUGAACAGAAUAAUUCAGGAAGAAAUCUAGCUCUUUCUGUUCCACUUGCUGCACUUCGAUUUGUUACUAGAUUGGCAGCUGGAAUAUUCUCACGAGGACCAAGAAAUCCAGACUCAAUGGAUUUGGAUUCCCACAGUGAAAGUGAGACUCAAUCCUUGGAAAUUCUUCAAGCUUCAGAUGAAAAAGAUUCUGGGCAUCAGUCUAGCUCUCUUAAAUCCAAUUCGUUUGAUGCUUCUGAUAUGAAUUCUGAUUGUGGAAGAGGAGAGGAUAGUGUUGCUUCAGAGCCAUCAGAAGUGUUAGAAUCAGCAAAAGCUUCAAGCAACCUGAGGACUGCAGAAUCAGAUGCUUCAGCAUGCCAUGAGGAUGGCACCUGCAGCUUCAAAGGCUUUGAUAUAGCCAAAGAUCCUUUGGACCAUUAUUUUCUUGGUACGAAUGGACAAACUAACAAUGGAAGGAAAUGGCUCAAGAAAAUCCAGCAAGACUGGAGUAUCCUCCAGAAUAAUUUGCCAGAUGGGAUAUAUGUUCGAGUCUACGAAGACCGUAUGGACCUUUUAAGAGCAGUCAUUGUUGGGGCUUACGGGACCCCUUACCAAGAUGGCCUCUUCUUCUUCGAUUUUCACCUCCCACCAGAGUAUCCUGACGUUCCACCAUCAGCAUAUUAUCAUUCAGGUGGGUGGCGGAUAAAUCCCAAUCUUUAUGAGGAAGGCAAAGUCUGCCUUAGCCUUUUAAAUACUUGGACUGGCAGAGGAAAUGAAGUGUGGGAUCCAAAGUCCUCUAGCAUCCUUCAAGUGUUGGUCUCGCUUCAGGGAUUAGUGUUGAAUUCUAAACCAUAUUUUAAUGAAGCUGGAUAUGACAAGCAAGUUGGAACAGCAGAAGGAGAGAAAAAUUCCUUGUCGUACAAUGAAAACACUUUCUUAUUAAACUGCAAGACAAUCAUGUAUCUUAUGAGGAAGCCUCCCAAGGACUUUGAAGAACUCGUUAAAGAACAUUUCAGGAGGCGUGGAUAUUUCAUCCUGAAGGCCUGUGAUGCAUACAUGAAAGGUCACUUAAUUGGCUCUCUCACAGAAGCUGCUUCUAUAAGAGAAGAAAGCAAUCCCAACUCGACUUCUGUCGGAUUUAAGCUUAUGCUCGCUAAGAUUAUCCCAAAGCUCUUCACGUCGUUGAACAAAGUCGGAGCUGAUUGUCAAGAUUUUAAGCAUUUUCAACAGUUGUAGCAUUAAAAAAAAGAGAAAAACUCCAAAUGACAGGCUUUCAUCAUUUACAUAUAGCUGACAAGGUAAUUUAUUCCUUCAAUUCAUUCUCCAUUCAUGUCAAAGCCUUUUGUCACUUUACCCAUUAUGAUCAAUGAUGCACCUUGUUUAUAAGUUA